AUGAGAAAUGUGAGGUCUGCAGAGGAGCUGGGACUUGUCUAAGGUCACACAGCCAGGGAGGUGGAUGUUAUCGUCCCUGCCUCAGGUUUGGAGAAGGAUGCUGGACACAGAGCUAGUGGAUUUGAGAGGCAGGUGUGGUCCCCUGUUCACCUCUGUUGCUCCCCCAACUCCAGAGUGACAGAGCUGGGCCUGGCAGUGGAGCAUCUUCAGAAGCAGAAUCUGGAGAAGGAUCAGGUCAACAAGGACCUCACUGAGAAGCUUGAGGCCCUGGUGAGCUGCAGCUGCCCCUGAGAUGGGGCAGGGUGGGAUGGGGUACCGGCCAGAUCUAUGGACGCAGGCUUAGGGCUGGGCUGCCUGGGCCACCCCCAGCAUCCCACUCACACUCAGGUUCAGCCCUCACAGGUGUGUAGGCUUCGUGGGAAGCACACUCACCUCCUCCAUCCCAUUUCUUCCUCCCAGCAGCCCUGUAGCGUCAUCCUCAUGACACAGAUGGGGAAACUGAGGCCCAAGAGGGGAAAUGCUUGUCCAGUCUCAGAGCCAGUAAGCGGGAGAGUUGGGACUUGAACUCAUGUCCGUGCUCUCCAGGUCCAGAUGCUGCCUCUGGCAACCCAGCUGCCUACCCCCACACAGCCUGGUUUGGUUACCCCUCUGUGUGGGGCCUGGCCUGGGUUCUAGGUCCAGCUCUCCUCCAAUCGACUUUGUGACCUGGGGCAGGACACAGCUCUUCUCUGGGCCUGGUCUGUUCAGUGAGGGCCUCGGGCCUGCUGUGGGGUCUACCAGGUGGCUGGCCUAAUGGACAUGGCUUCAGAGGCCACCUGAUCAGUCGUGGGCCACGGAGGGAGGGAAAGGGGAGGUUUCAGGUAAGACAGAACCCCGACCACCCUUUGUCUCCCUAACCGUACUCCAGGAAUCCCUGUGGCUACAGGAGCAGGCAGCCCUGGAGACAGAGGACGGAGAGGGGCUACAGCAGACCCUAAGGGACCUGGCACAGUAGAGACGGGGUUUCACCGUGGUCUCGAUCUCCUGACCUCGUGAUCCACCCGCCUCGGCGUCCCAAAGUGCUGGGAUUACAAGCGUGAGCCACCGCGCCCGGCCAGGAAGGCUUCUUGUAAGAGGGCGCAUUUGGAAUGAGGCGGCCCCCAGCCUGGCCUGGGCGUCUUUGCCCAGCUAUCCCCGUGGUUCCUAACUCGGCAGCCUCCUUCUGCCUCCCUCCGCUACCCUCAGGCCGUCUUGUCAGACACUGAGAGCCGCAUACAGCUGAGCAGCUCCCAGCGCACCACGGAUGCCUCCGAGGGCAGCCUGCGGGGGCUCUCGGGCCAGCGGACCCCGUCCCCACCGCGGCGCUCCUCACCUGGCUGAGGCCGUUCACCCCGCCGAGGCCCUUCCCCGGCCUGCUGACUCCUCCACGCUCGCCCUGAUCCACUCCGCCCUGCACAAGCGCCAGCUGCAGGUCCAGGACAUGCGUGGGCGCUAUGAGGCAAGCCGGGACCUGCUGGGCACCCUGCGGAAGCAGCUUAGCGACAGCGAGAGUGAGCGGCGGGCCCUAGAGGAACAGCGCAGCGCCUGCGGGACAAGACUGACAGCGCCAUGCAGGCCCACGAGGACGCCCAGCGCGAGGGAGAAGAGCAACCUGGCCCACAGCCUGCAGGUGGCCCAGCAGCAGGCCGAGGAGCUGUGGCAGGAGCGGGAGAAGCUGCAGGCUGCCCAGGAGGAGCUGCGGCGCCAGCGGGACCGGCUGGAGGAAGAGCAGGAGGACGCAGUGCAGGAUGGCGCGUGGGUGUGCUGGGAGCUUCAGCGCAGCCAUAGACAACUAGAGCAGCUGGAAGGGAAGCGCUCAGUCCUGGCCAAGGAGCUGGUGGAGGUGAGGGAGGCACUGAGCCAUGCCACGCUGCAACGGGACAUGCUGCAGGCCGAGAAGGCCGAGGUGGCUGAGGCACUGACCAAGGCUGAGGCUGGCUGCAUGGAGCUUGAGCUCUCCAUGACCAAGCUGAGGGCAGAGGAGGCCUCCCUGCAGGACUCCCUGUCCAAGCUGAGCGCCUUCAACGAGAGCCUUGCUCAGGACAAGUUGGAUCUGAACCGCCUUGUUGCCCAGCUGGAGGAAGAAAAGGCCGCCCUGCAGGGCCGGCAGCGGCAGGCGGAGCAGGAGGCCACAGUGGCGCGGGAAGAGCAGGAGCGGCUGGAGGAGCUGCGAUUGGAGCAGGAGGUGGCGCGGCAGGGCCUGGAGGGCUCCCUACGAGUGGCAGAGCAGGCCCAGGAGGCACUGGAGCAGCAGCUCCCCACGCUGCGCCAUGAGCGCAGCCGGCUGCAGGAGCAGCUAGUGCAGCUCUCCCGGCAGCUGAGCCGGUGGGAGCAGCAGCUGGAGCAGGCCCGGUGGGAGGCCCAGUGGCAGGUGGAGGCGCUGGAGCAAGUGGCCUGCGAGGUGUCCUGUUCCAGAACUACGCGCCCAUGUGUGGGAUUCACCCGGCUGACAUUCUCCCGGUCCCAGAAGGUGCAGCAGCCAGCGGGUUUUGAGAGUCCCAGCCCUUCACUCAGGGUGUCAACAGAGGUGGGUCAGAUGAGAAACCCGGAUUUCUACACACACCUGGCUACAAUGAGAUGGCACCACUCCCCUUCCCCUGCAGAAGCAGACUCGGAAAAAGGUCGUUAAAACAGAAGGUUUCUAUAAAAUACAACAGUCUGAUAACAUAAUACCCAAAAGUCCAAGUUUCCAUUGAAAAUCAUUCGUCAUACCAAGAACCAGGAAAAUCUCAUACUGAAUGAAAACAGGCAGCAAGUACACACUGGCAAUAAGAUGAGAGAAGCGCUGGGAUUGUCUGACAAAGAUCUUAAAGCAAGCAAGCCUGAUGAAAAUGAUUUAGCGAGUAAUUAUGAGCACACUUGAAAUAAAUGGACAAGUAGAAAGUAUUAGCAAAUAAAUACAAGACUUAAAGGAGAACCAAAUGAAGUAUUAGAAGUGGAAAAAUACAACAACCAAAAUAAAAAGUCCGGCACAUAGGCUCAACAGCAGAAUGGAUGGUGCAGAGCAAAGAAAUCCAUCCACUGCAGAUGAAAAAGUAGAAAUUACACAAUCUUAACAGGGAAAAAAUAGACUCGGGGAGAAAGUGAAUAGAACCUCAGGGACCUAUGAAACUACCUCAAAAGGUCUCACUUUCAUGUUGUCAUCUAUGUCUGGAAGGGGAAGAGGAAGACGACAAGGCUGAAAACAUAAAGAAGCAAAUGGCUAAAAGCUUCCCAGAGUUGGCAAGAGACAUAAACCUAUAGGCUUAAGAAGCCGUGAGGACCCCAAAUAGGAUAAAACCCAAAGAGGUCUAUGGCAAGACACGUGAAAAAAUAAAAUGUUGGAAACUAAAGACAAAGAAAAUAUAUUGAAAGCAACAGAGAAAGGUGACACCUUACCUAGAAAGGAAAAACAAUUCCGAUGAUGAUGGAUUUCUCAUCAGAAACCACGGAGGCAGAAAGAAGUUGUGCAGUGCUUUUCAAGCUGUGGAAGAAAAUUGUCAGCCCAGACUCCUCUCUCCAGCAGAAACAUCUUUCAGGGAUUAAGGGGAAGGUCAAAACAGUUUCAGAUUAAGAAAAGCUAAGGACACCUCUGAUCAGCAGUUCUACCCUAAAAGAAAGGCUAAGGGGAGUUCUCUAGACAGAAAGGAAGUGAUUAAAGAAGGAACCUUGGGACAUCAGAAAGAAAGAAAACAGUAAGCAAAAUAGGCCUUCCUUCUCCUCUUGAGUUUUCUAAACUAUGCUUGACAGUUUCAGAAAAAAAUCAUAGCACCACCAUUCGAUGCGGUUCUAACUUUCCAUAAAGAAAAUGUUUGAAAUGGUUAUAAACUGGGAGGGUAAAGAGACCUACAAGGGAGGUAACUCGUCUCUCAUUCACUCAAAUUGGUAAAACAAUGACACCAGUAUACUGUGUGGUAAGAUAUACAUGCACGGAUAUACGAAUGUCUGGAAAAACCAAGAGGGCUAUACAAACAGAUAUACUCAAAAGCACUAUGGAUAAGGCAAAACACCAUUCUCAAAGAUGUUCAAGUCACAACAGGAAGGUAAGAAAAAGAAAGCAUAUCCAGAAAACGAAACCAGGGAGAACAAACAGAAAAGGAAAAAUAAAAUGGCAGACUUAAGCCCUACCAUGCCAAUCAUCACACUAAAUAUCAAUGGCCUGAGUACACCAGUUGCAAGACACAGACUGGCAGAGUAGGUUAAUGGACAUGAACCAACUACAUACUGGCUACAAAGAGACUAACUUCAAAUAUGAUGAUACAGGCAAGUUGAAAUCAAAAGGAUGGGAAAAGAUAAAUCAUGCAAACCUUAGCCAAAGGAAAGCAAGACUGGCUAUAUUAAUGCCAGAUAUAGUGUAUUUCAGAACAAAGAAACUAAUCAGAGACAGAGAGGGAGAUUAUAUAAUGUGGAAAGGACCAAUCCACCAACUCCUCCCCAGACAAAUUCAUAAAUGUCUAUGCAACAACUGAAAGUACUUAACAGAGAACUAGACAAAUCCACAAAUAUAGCUGUAUGCGUCAAUGUCCCCCUUUUUCAACAAUUUAUACAACAACCAGACAGAAAAUCAACAAGAAUAUAGAAGAACCCAACAACACAAUCAACCAGCGGGACUUAAAUUGGCAAUUUUAGAACACCCAACCACACCAGAAUAUACAUUGUUAUGGGAUGCAUUGUGCCCAGCCCCCCCGAAUUCAUAUGUUGAAAUCAGAUUAUUAGCCACUAGUGAUUUACUAAUUAAAACAAUGAGAAAUUGCUACAUACCUAUCAGAAUGGCCAAAAUAAAAGUGUGACCACAUCAAGUGCUGUCAAGGAUUCAGAGAAAGCUGGAUCACUCAUACAUUGCUGGUGGGGAUGUAAAAGGUUACAGCCCACUCUGGAGAAUAUCUGUGUAGUUUUUACUUUUAAAACUCUAUGUACACACAGGAAGGGGAACAUCACACACUGGGGCCUGUUGGGUGGGGGGAAGCGGGAGGGAUAGCAUUAGGAGAUAUACCUAAUGUUAAAUGAAGAGUUAAUGGGUGCAGCACACCAACAUGGCACAUGUAUACAUAUGUAACCUGCACGUUGUGCACAUGUACCCUAAAACUUAAAGUAUAAUUUAAAAAAAAUUAAAAAAUAAAGCAAUAGACUAGUUUUAAUUAAAAAAAAAAAAACUCUACCUGCAACUACCAUACCACCUCGGAAUUGCAUUCCUGCAUUUAUCACAGAGAAAUAGAAUCUUAUGUUCACACAAAACCCAUGUACUUCAAGUUUAUAGCAGCCUUGUUUUUAAUAGCCAAAACUGGGGAAACAAUGUAUACACGACUUUCAUGAGGUGAAUGGUUAAACAAACUGUGGUAUAUAUCCACAGCAUCAAAUAGUUCUCAGUAAUUUUUAAAAAAACAACUAUUGAUACUCACAAUAAUCUGGAUGAAUCUCCACAGAAUUAUGGUGAGUGGACAAAGGGUAAUCCCAAAGGUUACAUGUAGGAUUCCAUUUAAGUAACAUUCUUGAAAUGAAUACAUUAUAGGAAUGGGGAAUAGAUUAGUAGUUGCCAGGGGUUAAGGAGGGAAGGAGGAGCAGCACUGAACAGAAGGGGUCAAGACUAUAAAAAGGCAACAUGAUGAAUCCCGGUGUUGAUGGAAAUGUUUUGUACCUUGCUUGUAUCAAUGUCAAUCUCCUGGUACUAUGGCACUUGCAAUAUUUGCAAAUUUUGUUUAUUUAUUCGUUCUUUUUUUGAGACGGAGUCUUCCUCUGUCACCCAGGCUGGAGUGCAGUGGCGCGAUCUCGGCUCACUGCAAGCUCCGUCUCCCGGGUUCGCACCAUUCUCCUGCCUCAGCCUCCCGAGUAGCUGGGACUAGAGGUGCCCGCCACCACGCCCAGCUAAUUUUUUAUAUUUUUAGUAGAGACGGGGUUUCACUGUGUUAGCCAGGAUGGUCUCGAUCUCCUGACCUCAUGAUCCACCCACUUCGGCUUCCCAAAGUGCUGGAAUUACAGGCGUGAGCCACCACGCCCGGCCACUAUUUGCAAAUAUUACCAUUUUGGAACUAUUACCAAGAAGUUACCAUAGGAGGAAACAGAGUAAGGGGUACAAGGGACCUCUCUUUUUCUGAGUUCUUAAGAUUGUAUAUGAAUUAUUAAAACGUAAAAAUUAACUUUAAAAAA